GCACAGCUGCUAGCUAAGGAAGCAUAGUAAAGAAAGGGACGCAGGCCUAGCCUAGCGGUGGUGACAUUAUUAUUUUUUUUACGUGUUUAUGAAUGUGUUGGGACUCAGCUGUCUACACUUACAUCUACUGUAAUUGAAGCAAACCAGGGUCGUCUCAUGAGUUUACUGAAAACUGAAAGAAAGUAAAGGGAAGAGGUUGGUUUGAUGUGUGUGACGUCAAGACAAGAGGCACCAUGAGUGCGGAGAUGGAUGCACUGACUGUGGUGAACCAGCUGCGAGAUCUUGCUGCAGACCCCCUGAAUCGAAGAGCCAUAGUAGAAGACCAAGGCUGUCUGCCAGGUCUCAUCCUGUUUCUGGACCACCCCAACCCACAGGUCGUCUACUCUGCACUAUUGGCCGUACGCUACCUGGCAGAAUGUCGAGCCAACAGGGAGAAGAUGAAGGGCGAACUGGGCAUGAUGCUGAGUUUGCAGAAUGUCAUGCAGAAGAGUACUUCACCCGGGGAGACUAAACUACUGGCGUCUGAGAUCUAUGAGAUCCUGCAGGCAGCUGGUAAAGAAGAAGCCGAGCAGGCCGAGGCAGCAGCCGCCUCCUGCCAGCGUAAAGCCCACUUCUUCCUGGGCUCCAGCAACAAGAGGGCCAAAACUGUGGUGCUGCAUAUCGAUGGACUGGAUGACCCUACUCGAAGGAGCCUUUGUGAGGAGGCGUUGCUGAAGAUUCGGGGGGUCAUCAGCUUCACCUUCCAGAUGGCUGUGAAGAGAUGUGUUGUCAGGAUCCGCUCUGACCUUAAAGCUGAUGCAUUGGGAACAGCAAUCAAUUCCACCAAAGUAAUGACGGCUCAGCAGGUGGUGAAGACAGAGAAUGGAGGAGAGCUGAUAGUUCCAUUCCAGGAGGGCUCUGAAGACGCAGAACUGGUAGAGGAAAACUUAGACAUCCCAGACUACCUACCAGAGGAGGAGAGUCCAUCCCAGGAGCAGGACAAGGCAGUGACGCGUGUCGGCUCAAUCACAGACGGCAUGGGCUGGCUCAGCACGGCCGCUAACUUCCUGACACGCUCCUUUUACUGGUGACCACUUCCUGUGAUCUUUUCCUUGCUCCCCGGCUCUCUCUAAGGUACCAUCCAGCUGCAGUCUAAGCCUCUCUCAGUCUUGACCUGGACUAAGCCCUGCCUCGCGGCCCCACAUUAGUGUAGAGUUCCCUCUGCAGAGCACAGUGCUCCAGCUGUGUGCGUGCAACAAGUGCUGGACUGGCAAGUGGAACCUGCAGUAACUUAAACUUGUGUAUAUAUUGAGCUACAAAUCCCUGUACUGGCUGUGUGUGCACAACUAUAUACUAGCUGCAUAUGUAACUCACAAGACAUAGCCAGAGGACUUUGCAUCAGCCGAAACCAAACAACGUUCUGGAAAUGUGUAAAGCUGACAUGUGGCAGGCAUAUUUAAUUUUUCUGAGGCUGAUUUUGAGUACAUUGAAAAUUGGGAGUUCCUUUAAUUUUGUUUUGCAUGAUGUUUUUGGUUUCUUUCCUUCUAUUGUCUUUUCUCAUUCAUUUUCUUUUGCUCUAUAUAUAUUUUUUAUUUUUCAUCCUUUAAUUUUCAAAAUGAAACCAUUUCCCCGCCUACAUUUUUUUUUUAAUUAGCAUGCUAUAAGUCUUUGUGCCAAUUUUUCCUUGAUGCCUAGAUCCUAAAUUAUUGUGUGUGCCUUCUGUUAAAAUUUACUUAAUAUUACAUUUUCAUCAUUCAAUCAAAUGAAAGGAGAAUUACAGUAAGAUCAGAACUGUGCUCCUUAGCAGCAGCUAGCUUUUAGCUCACUGACAGAUGACACUUCAGUAGAAACAGUCAAUUUAGACACCAGCAGGAGGCCGCAGCCCAGUUAGCCACUGGCUCACAUGCAUUAGACUGUUUGUUACAUACUGAACUCUUUUGAACGGACUGACAGCUCCUUGUGUUAUUUGCACAGACUUUAGGCUACCUCUGCUUUCAGCCCUCUAUCUCACAUUAUGAGCAUUUCUUUUCUCUUGUAGUUUGAGUCAAACUUAGAUAUGCAUGGUGAAGUCUAUGUGUUAGCUGCCCGCUUUGUUACCUGGACUCCCAGUGAUAUUUUUUACAGUAUUGUAGUUGCCCUGUCCAGUUCUCAGUUUGGCCAGCAGUGUCCUUACAGCAAAGAUCACGAUGGUGCACGCACACCAACACACACAGAUAAAGAGGACUCACUAAUGCUUUCAUAUGAUCAGUGUUGGUGUACGUGAACAAGUUUGGAUUCUGUGCGUUUAGUAAAAGGUGCCUGAUUGCGCCAAAAUCUUAGAUCUUACAUGUGAAGGAAUUUCUUCUUUUGUUUUUCAUACUCAUUUGCAUUUCUAAGAAUUAGAGGUAGCAGCCAAAGCUAACACUCUUUUUUUUUAUUUUUCCCCUACAACCCCCUGACUGACACCAGGUUUAAUUAUGAGCUCCUCUGUCUUGUUUGAAUAUCAUUCAGAAUAAUUAUACAUGUUGCUGACCAGGUGACUUGUAUUGUUCUGACAGUGCGGAGAUGUCACAGUGGGUUGUGGUCAAACUGAUGGAGGAAUGACCUGAAUCAAAGGUCAGGAUUCUCUUACAAAGCAAUAAUAUUAUUUGUUUUUGCAUUAAAUGUAGUGAUUAAAUAUCAGCAUCAGCCAUCAAAACAAUGUUUUUUGAACAAAUCUUGUGAGUUUAAAGUUUGGCUCAUCAGUAUUAGAAUUCUUUAUUGUCCCAUGUUUGCACAAAAACGAUGUCUAAGUUCCAUCAUGUAAUUUCAUUUUAAAUAUUUGUUUUCUCAGCUCAUACUGCAAGGAAAUACUUGAACAUUGUUUCUCAGAACUGUCUCUGUGUUGAUCAAAGUGAAAAUUCCCCUUAACUGUUCAUUAACCACAUCUAUAAGGUUGACAAAACCACAACCCAAGUCCUCAAAAAUGUAACUUCAUGUGCACAGACUUCAUGUGUCUGUCUUCAAAUGUAAUAUAAUGUAAUCUUAAAACUGUAGAUUCCAGGACACUGUUCAUGCAAAUGAUGAUAAACUUAAAAUCUUAA